GGAGAGGAAGUGGCUGGGAAGACGUCGUCUGUGCGCAGGCGCAGUGGCUGCUCGGUGGUUUUUGCCUCGCAGGUGCGGUGUCCCCUUCUGUCUUUUGCGGAGUCCGUGUGCGGGGCUCGCGUGUCCUCACGACCCGUUUCUUUCGCCUGAGAUUGUGACCUGCCCUGAGGCGCUUUCGCCAACAUGUACGACGCGGACGAAGAUAUGCAAUAUGACGAAGAUGAUGACGAAAUCACCCCUGAUUUAUGGCAAGAAGCAUGCUGGAUUGUUAUCAGCUCCUAUUUUGAUGAAAAAGGCCUUGUCCGACAACAGCUGGAUUCUUUCGAUGAGUUUAUUCAGAUGUCUGUGCAGAGAAUCGUAGAAGAUGCUCCACCAAUUGAUUUACAAGCUGAGGCCCAACACGCUACUGGAGAAGUGGAAGAACCACCGCGCUACCUUCUGAAAUUUGAACAGAUUUACCUCUCUAAGCCUACGCAUUGGGAAAGAGAUGGUGCUCCUUCACCCAUGAUGCCAAAUGAAGCUAGACUGAGAAACCUUACGUAUUCUGCUCCAUUGUAUGUGGACAUAACAAAGACUGUUAUUAAGGAAGGAGAGGACCAGUUGCAGACACAGCACCAGAAAACCUUCAUAGGAAAAAUUCCUAUCAUGCUGCGAUCUACAUACUGCCUGCUUAAUGGUCUGACUGAUCGUGAUCUCUGUGAACUGAAUGAGUGCCCCCUUGAUCCUGGUGGCUAUUUCAUUAUUAAUGGGUCAGAAAAGGUUCUGAUUGCUCAAGAGAAGAUGGCUACAAACACAGUGUAUGUGUUUGCUAAGAAAGAUUCUAAAUAUGCAUACACAGGAGAGUGUCGAUCUUGUCUGGAGAAUUCUUCUCGGCCAACAAGUACUAUAUGGGUUAGCAUGCUGGCCAGAGGUGGGCAGGGUGCAAAAAAGAGUGCCAUUGGUCAGCGUAUUGUGGCAACGUUGCCAUAUAUCAAACAGGAAGUGCCCAUCAUUAUUGUCUUCCGUGCGCUUGGCUUUGUGUCUGACAGAGACAUUCUAGAACAUAUCAUUUAUGACUUUGAGGAUCCUGAAAUGAUGGAAAUGGUUAAACCGUCUUUGGAUGAAGCGUUUGUCAUCCAAGAACAGAACGUUGCUUUAAAUUUCAUUGGCUCAAGAGGUGCAAAGCCUGGUGUCACAAAAGAGAAAAGAAUCAAAUAUGCAAAAGAAGUUUUGCAGAAAGAGAUGCUUCCGCAUGUUGGUGUCAGCGACUUCUGUGAAACCAAAAAGGCAUAUUUUCUCGGGUACAUGGUUCAUAGGUUACUGUUGGCAGCUUUGGGGAGAAGAGAGUUGGAUGACAGAGAUCAUUAUGGCAAUAAACGUCUUGACCUCGCAGGGCCAUUGCUUGCUUUUCUGUUUAGAGGAAUGUUUAAGAACUUGCUAAAAGAAGUUAGAAUAUAUGCGCAGAAGUUUAUUGACAGAGGGAAAGAUUUUAAUUUGGAGCUGGCAAUUAAAACCAGGAUUAUAUCGGAUGGCUUGAAAUAUUCCCUAGCCACAGGUAACUGGGGAGACCAGAAGAAAGCUCAUCAAGCUAGAGCUGGAGUGUCUCAAGUGUUGAACCGUCUGACCUUUGCAUCAACGCUUUCCCACUUACGGCGCUUGAAUUCCCCUAUUGGUAGAGAUGGUAAAUUAGCCAAGCCCAGGCAGCUGCACAACACCUUGUGGGGGAUGGUUUGUCCUGCUGAGACUCCAGAGGGUCACGCUGUAGGGCUUGUGAAGAACUUGGCUCUAAUGGCUUAUAUCUCUGUGGGAUCUCAGCCGUCCCCCAUUCUGGAAUUUUUGGAAGAAUGGAGUAUGGAAAACCUGGAAGAAAUUUCUCCAGCAGCUAUUGCAGAUGCCACAAAGAUCUUUGUGAAUGGCUGCUGGGUUGGAAUACACAAAGACCCGGAGCAGCUGAUGAACACCCUGAGGAAAUUGCGGCGUCAGAUGGACAUCAUUGUUUCAGAGGUGUCCAUGAUCAGGGAUAUCCGGGAGCGAGAAAUCCGCAUCUAUACCGAUGCUGGCAGGAUUUGCCGGCCACUUCUAAUUGUGGAAAAGCAAAAGCUGCUGCUGAAGAAGAGGCACAUUGACCAACUGAAAGAGCGAGAAUAUAACAACUAUAGCUGGCAGGAUCUGGUGGCCAGUGGUGUUGUAGAAUACAUCGACACCCUGGAAGAGGAGACUGUGAUGCUGGCCAUGACUCCAGAUGACUUGCAGGAGAAAGGUGUUGCAUACUGUUCAACUUACACACACUGUGAGAUUCACCCGUCCAUGAUCCUUGGAGUCUGUGCAUCUAUUAUUCCCUUUCCAGAUCACAACCAGUCUCCUAGGAAUACAUACCAGUCUGCUAUGGGUAAACAGGCUAUGGGAGUUUAUAUUACCAACUUCCAUGUCCGUAUGGAUACUCUUGCACACGUGCUGUAUUAUCCUCAGAAGCCCCUUGUGACGACACGCUCGAUGGAGUACCUGAGAUUCAGAGAGCUUCCCGCUGGCAUCAACUCUAUUGUGGCCAUUGCUUCAUAUACUGGUUAUAACCAAGAGGACUCUGUCAUCAUGAAUCGUUCUGCUGUUGACAGAGGCUUUUUCAGAUCUGUAUUUUAUCGUUCCUAUAAAGAGCAAGAGUCCAAGAAAGGAUAUGAUCAAGAAGAAGUGUUUGAGAAGCCUACACGUGAAACUUGUCAGGGGAUGAGGCAUGCCAUCUAUGACAAGCUGGAUGAUGAUGGCUUAAUUGCACCUGGUGUGCGUGUGUCCGGAGACGAUGUCAUUAUUGGCAAGACCGUAACUUUACCUGAAAAUGAAGAUGAACUGGAGAGCACCAAUCGCCGUUAUACCAAGCGAGACUGCAGCACUUUUCUGCGAACUAGUGAGACUGGGAUUGUAGAUCAAGUCAUGGUUACCUUGAACCAGGAAGGAUACAAGUUUUGUAAAAUUAGGGUACGCUCUGUGAGAAUCCCACAAAUCGGAGACAAGUUUGCUAGCAGACAUGGUCAGAAAGGUACCUGUGGAAUCCAGUACAGACAAGAGGAUAUGCCUUUCACCUGUGAAGGUAUCACCCCGGAUAUUAUCAUCAAUCCCCAUGCCAUCCCUUCACGUAUGACCAUUGGUCACUUGAUUGAAUGUCUGCAAGGGAAGGUAUCUGCAAAUAAGGGAGAAAUAGGUGAUGCUACACCUUUCAAUGAUGCAGUCAAUGUGCAGAAGAUUUCAAACUUGCUGUCUGACUACGGCUAUCACCUGAGAGGAAACGAGGUCUUGUACAAUGGUUUUACUGGUCGCAAAAUCACAUCGCAGAUCUUUAUUGGUCCUACUUACUACCAGCGGUUAAAACACAUGGUAGAUGAUAAAAUUCAUUCCCGUGCAAGGGGACCAAUUCAGAUCCUUAAUAGGCAACCUAUGGAAGGUCGAUCUCGUGAUGGUGGCCUUCGUUUUGGAGAAAUGGAACGAGAUUGUCAGAUUGCUCAUGGAGCUGCACAGUUCUUAAGGGAAAGAUUGUUUGAAGCAUCAGACCCAUAUCAGGUUCACGUGUGCAACUUGUGUGGGUUAAUGGCAAUCGCCAACACCAGGACACACACUUACGAAUGCAGGGGCUGCCGCAAUAAGACACAGAUUUCUCUUGUGAGAAUGCCAUAUGCCUGCAAGCUCCUCUUCCAGGAACUGAUGUCAAUGAGUAUCGCACCUCGAAUGAUGAGUGUGUAGUCUUCAAAAACUUCUCUCCUACUCUUAACCGGGUUUUUACCUUGUAGAGUUUUUGAAUUGCAUGCUCUCACUUAAUUUCGCUUUUAAAUUUUUUGACAACUAUUGUGUACUUCAUGACUGAGGUUCUCAAGCUGUGUAAUUUAUGAGUUAUGUGUUUGUAAAUAGAAAUAAAAGCUUUUCAGUCAUAUA